CAUGCUGCAGCGCUUGUCCUCGUCAGCGCUCCGCCGGGCCGUGGUCCCGCGCGCGACCUUCGCGACCCAGAGCGCCCGCUACCCCGACUUGAUCACGGGCGACGCCUACAACAACGUGAGCGAGUCGAUCGCGGCCAAGGUCGGCGUCAACCUGCACUGCCAGCCGCACCACCCGCUCAACAUCAUCAAGACCAAGAUCGCGACGUACUUUGACGAUCUCCACGCCAAAGGCCACCCCAAGAUGCAGCUCUUCGACUCGCUUUCGCCGGUUGUCUCGGUCGACGACUGCUUUGACCAGAUGCUCAUUCCAAAGGACCACGUGAGCCGCAAGCCGACGGACACGUACUAUCUGAACCCGACGACGCUCCUCCGCACGCACACGUCGUGCCACGAAGUGCCCAUGCUGCGCAAAGGCAUCAAGAACUUCCUCGUCGCCGGCGACGUCUACCGCCGUGACGAGAUUGACGCAAGCCACUACCCGGUCUUCCAUCAAAUGGAAGGUCUCCGAUUCUUCCCCGAGCUCGACCCGACGACGCCGUACGACGACCGCGUUGCGCACGUCCAGGGCCACCUCAAGGCGACGCUGGAAGGCAUGGUCGAAGCCAUCUUUGGCAAGGUCGAGAUGCGCUGGGUCGACGCGUACUUUCCGUUCACGGAGCCGUCGCUCGAGCUUGAGAUCUUUUUCGAGGGCGAGUGGCUCGAAGUACUUGGCUGCGGCGUCCUUCGGCGCGAGAUCGCCGAGAACGCGGGCGUCGUCAACGAGGUCGGUUGGGCGUUCGGCCUCGGCCUCGAGCGCCUCGCGAUGGUGCUCUUUGACAUCCCGGACAUUCGCCUCUUCUGGAGCCAGGACCCGCGCUUUCUGAGUCAGUUCCAAGACGGCGUCAUCACCAAGUUCAAGCCGUACAGCAAGUUCCCGCCGUGCUACAAGGACGUGAGCUUCUGGCUCGGCCCCGACUUCCACGAGAACAACUUGUACGAGAUCGUGCGCGACAUUGCCGGCGACAUGGUCGAGAAGGUCGAGGUCGUCGACGCCUUCGUGCACCCCAAGACGCAGCGCGAGAGCAAGUGCUUCCGCAUCACGUACCGCCACCACGACCGCAACCUCACCAACGAAGAAGUCGACGGUCUCCAGCUCGUCGUGCGCCAAGAGCUCGUCAAGCAGCUCGCGGUCGAGCUCCGCUAAUAGGGACGACCCACGUCGUCGCUCUAGAAUGCAUUUCGUCUUGCUCGACGUUUGCC